UUUUUGUCAGUCGCAUCAGCAGAGGCAACACAGACAGCGCGUGAGCUCGCACCCUGAAAGAUGUAUCUGAAAAGCGCGUUCGUGUUGAGCCUCUGGAUUAUACUGAGCGUGACUGUGGACGCGAGGAAACCCGACGAUCACUUCAGCGAAAGCGUUUACCGCGCGAGGUGUGCGUCGCGAUGCCUCAGCCUGCACAUUACGCGCAUCUCUGCUGUGUUUAAACAGAGUAAUGGAUCGUUGGUUUGGUGUCAGAAUCACAAGCAAUGCUCAAAGUGUCUGGAACCUUGCAUGGCAUCAUGGGACAUUCAGGAGAACCAGUGUCAGGAUCUGUGUGAGACACAUUUUCCAAAGAAGCACUAUGAGUGUCUCACGAGUUGUGAGUUUUUGCGUUCUGUAGAGACUCAGAAACAAGGGGACUGUCCGGCACCAGAUCGUGCCAGUGGAUUCGCAGCCGCAUGCGUGGAGAGCUGCGAGUCAGAUGCUGAAUGCUCUUCACUGAAGAAAUGCUGCCCUAAUGGAUGUGGACACACGUGCCAGGUGCCAAAGAAUCUCUAUAAAGGAGCUCCUCUGAAGCCCAGGAAGGAGUUGAUGUUCCUGGAGCAGCCCUCAGGAGAACUUGAGAUUCGCUGGUCAUCUAGGUUCAAUAUCUCAGUAGAACCGGUUCUGUAUGUUCUCCAGCGCCGGUGGAACUUUGGCAUUCACCCCAGUGAAGAUGAUGGUACCGAGUGGCAGAAUGUGGCACAGAUUGCCGAAGAGCGUGUCACAUUGUCCGACAUCAGACCGAGCAGGUGGUAUCAGUUCCGUGUGGCAGCGGUCAACGUUCACGGCACCCGCGGGUUCACGGCUCCCAGUAAACACUUCCGCUCAUCCAGAGACCCAUCUCCUCCUCCAACUCCAUCUGGACUGAGAUUAACUAACAUCACCGUGAACCAAGAUGGCCUGACGACGGUCCGACUGAACUGGACUCUUCCUGUAGAGUCUGACAUCCCUGUCCACCACUUCAAAGUCUUCUGGAGUUGGAGCGUUCCUGGAAAGUCAUCAGUGCCGUCUAAAAGAAAGAGAAGAAAGACCACAGAUGGGGCUGAACACUCGGUUGAACUCGAUGGACUUCUGGCCAAUCACAGUUAUAAUGUAGAGAUUCAGGCGGUGACUUACUGGGGUCAAAUACGACUGAAGAGCCCUAAAGCAUCCAUCAGCUUCAGCCCACAGGACCACAACCGCUCCAAUCCUGUGUCUAAGGGGAGGAAGAUUCCCGGUCUCAGUUCUGUUUUGGGAAAGAGAGUCGCAAGUGCUCUGGAGGUCGGCACACCUUAUUAUCAAGAUGGACAACUACAGCUACGUAUCUACUGGAAGAAGCGUGCAGAUUCAUUUGUGAAGCGUUAUCACGUUCAAUGGACGCCUGAACACUGCAGUCACAACCAGAGCAGAGAAACCCAGAAAUCCAUCACUCAGGAGAACUACAUCAAUCUUCCCAACCUGCUCUUCUCCUGUAAGUACAGAGUCACAGUCCACACGCUGAACGCUAAGAGACGAUCCAAAGACGAGAGCAUCAGUUUCCUGACACCCUCCUGUGCUACGCUCCAGAGCAAAAGCCACAAACCCAUCGCUUGUCCCGGAGACACGACACCAUCGAAGGUUUUAGCUAAACCUGUAAACCUGACUGCGGCCUUCACCUUCCACGGUGGCAACGUUACAGCUCAUUUUCUUUGGAGGGUGUCCCGUCCCCAGACUCAUCAACCAAUCACAGGUUUCCAGGUCACGUGGGCAGAGGUUACUACAGAGAGCCGACAGGACGGACUGCCCAAUAGCAUCAUUUCUCAGUCUCAGAUUCUGCCGCCUGAUCAUAAUUUCCUGGUGGUGUCAAACCUCAGAGCAGCAUCACUUUACAGAUUAGAGGUUCAGGUGAUUACUACAGCAGGUGAAGGACCUGCAACCAUGAAGAUCUUCCAGACACCCGAACCACCACAACUUCAACAGAAAGCUCGACAUAAGCAGAACCAUCCGAGAUCUGCAGCGGAGAAACAUUAAAGAUCUCACGUCAUGUCACGCAUCAAAACUUUACAUGGAUGUUUUAUCAUGGAGACAACACUGUAAAGAUCUCAGCUUCAUUCAUUUAGAAAUCAUCUCAGACAGUUGGGUUGCUUUGUGAAUUUCUUCUCUUAAACGCUGUACAGGAUGAAGUUAAACGUCACGAUGAUUCAGUGAUUUGUGUGACUCUUGUUGGAGUCGUACAGGAACUGAAUUUGGAGAAUUGAGAUUGAUGUAAAACAAACUGAUUCUUACAACCUCAUUUCAAUUGAACCACUGUUAUGAUUUCUGUUUCAGACAAAUGAUUGUUUGCUUUCUCCCAGUUUCUUUCAUUUCAGGUUUGUUGUUUGGUAUGAAAGCGUUAGCAAAGAUUAACAGUUGUGUUUAUUAAUACUCAAUGAAAUGAUGUAAAGUCUAUACUGUAUGUUCUCCACUAGAGAUAUUUGUUGUGGUGCAGUCAGUGAAUGUUGAUAUUUAUUUAUGUGUGUGUAUUUCAACACUUCAUUUGUUUGUAUUUGUGUGUUUAUUUGUUUGUUCUUCUGCAUUGGCAGGUCAGUGUUUUUUCUUGUAAAAACAUAAUGUAAAAACAUGAAUUGUACAUAUAGUCUUGUGUUGUUACCUGUACAUACUUUUAAGUAAUAAAAUAAUCCCCACCUCUUUUA